AUGAUCAUCCGUUCUGAAAAGGACAAGAUCGAAAACGAUUGUUCGCACAUUCAGAAUCAACCGAACAUUCGCCAUAUUACUAGGCGGAUCAACGACCUCAACGAGAAGCUGGACUCGUCGUUAAAUCUUCUCGAACCGCGGGAAAACUCGUACAUUGUUUACGAGCGGGGUAGCUCGAAAACAGCAAUUCAGAACGCCAUCAAAUCAGUGUCGUCAUUCGGGUCGCUGCUGGUCAGCAAGACGUUUCCUUCGUUGUGCGUAGCCGAGGUGCAGCAACUGAUGAUCAACACGAAGUCGAAUGUGUUAUUGACGGCGGUGGACUAUGAUGGACAUUAUCGAGUGACCGGUGGCGAUCCGGUGGAAGCGGUACUUAACUAUUAUGGCGAUAACGACACGAGCAAAAUGGUGCCCGUAACGGUAAAGGACAAUACUAAUGGAUCGUAUUCGGUGACGUUUACACCGUCAUACCCGGGUCGCUACUGCCUGCAGAUAUCGAUAUUUAAAAGACCGAUCAAGAACAGUCCAUUGUGUCUGGAAGUCAGUCCGCACAUCAAUCCUGUGUGGCAGUACUCAAGGUCGACUUCGUCGUCCAGCGAAGAUUCGAAGACAUGCUCGUUGUUGCAACCGGUUCGCGUCAACGUGGACUCGGCGGGACACAUAUACAUCCUGGACACAGGUCACAACCGGGUCAAAGUGCUGACACAUGAUGGUAGGCUGAUUCGGCAGUUCAGCGGCAAGAGUAUGAUGCACCACAGCACAGUGGGACUGGCGCUGCUGUCUAGCGGCGGAUUCCUAACACUGAAUUGGCGCUUGAAGAUGGUCACCGAGUGGUCGAACGAAGGCCGCGAAGUAAAGACUUUUUCGUUCUCAGAAUUCGUCGAACCGAUCGACCUGGCGGUGGAUAAAGGGGGCAACAUCUUCGUACUGGACACCGGAGCGACGAAGAUUUUCAUGUUCGACGCAAACGCGAAACCGCUGCUCAGCUUUCCCGUCGCUUCGUCAUCGCUGGACAAUGGCCACCUGAAAGGAGGCACCAUUCAGGCGACGGCGAUGUGUAUCGGAUUGCAAAACGAGAUCAUUGUCGCCGGCUCGGACAUUCGCUUCUUCGACGCCUCUGGCCAACUGCUACGUAACCACCUGAUCGACAUCGAGCAUAGCCCACCGCCGCUGGUCGGCGGUAUCGUGGUGGACGACGAGGGCUACGUGCUGGCCACAAUUACCGGCAAAAAACUCUGCUACGUGCUGGUGAUGAACCACGACGGUAAAGUUGUCAACCAUAUUGACAGUGCUGAUUCCAGGCUUCACCGACCUACCGGCAUCUGUGUCACUGCCAACAGUCAUUGCAUUGUGGCCGACCUCGGCAACAACUGCAUCAAAAUGUAUCGUUAUAAAUAA